UGAUAAUUUCAAUCACACUUGGCUUAUCAACAAGAAGGAAUUAUGAUAAUGUAUACAAACACUACGGCUAUUGCUCCUAAUUGAAUGAACGGGCUAGUGAUUUUAACCGCUGUGACAAUGUAGAGAUUAAUUUCAAUUUUAGCUUCGACUGUUAUUUAGAAAUUAUGGAAGACAAUCAAGAUACUGAUAAAAUAGCUUUAGAUUUUGAAAAAACCUCACUUAUUGAUCCUCCAGAUAGUUUUAUAGAAAAAGAUCACAAUGAAAUAACAGACCAUGUCAAUCUUAAUUUACAUGAAAAUUUAUUCGAAAAACUUAAAGAAAACAAUAAACAUGUAUUUGUGUUAAGUACAGCUGGGAAGCCUAUUUAUACAAGAUAUGGAAAUGAGAAUCAGUUAGCUUCCUUAUUUGGAUUAAUGAUAGCUUUAGUAUCAGUGACACAAGAUUCAAAUGAUACAUUACAAUCAAUUUACUGUGGAUCAACAAGAAUAGUUUUUUUAAAUAAUGAUCCAAUUAUAUUAGUUGGUGUGUCCCAAUUAUCUGAACCGUAUGAAAGAAUUAAAAAACAAUUAACGUAUGUAUACAACCAUAUAAUUAGUACCCUGACAUUGACACAACUAAAGAAAAUCUUCCAAAAUAGAACAAACUUUGAUCUACGGCGUUUGAUGAGUGGAUCUGAAAGACUUAUAGAUAAACUUAUAUCAUUUACAGAAAAUGAUCCUGGUUUUCUGUUAGAUUCUAUUUCUUGUUUACAAAUGCCUUCAAGUAGCAGAGAUAAAAUAACACAAUCAAUUUUAACCGAAUGUAGUAAAAUAAAGAAUUUAGUAUUUGGUUUGUUGAUUGCUCAAAAACAUGUGAUAUCUAUUGUAAGAAUGAAAAAGUAUACAUUAGAAGUACCUGAUAUCCAUCUAAUUCUAAAUCUUGUUAAUUCAACUGAGUCUUUUAAAACUGCUGAAAGUUGGACACCUAUUUGUUUACCUACUUUUGAUGCAAGUGGAUUCAUGCAUGCUCAUAUAUCUUAUUUAGCAGAAGAUUGCCAAGCAUGUUUAGUUUUAUUAACUAUUGAUCAUAAUUUAUUUUUUUCUCUCUCAGAUGCUAAAAGAAAAAUUACUGAAAAAAUGCGCCGUAAUGAUUGUUUACAAGUAAUUAAUGAAGCAAUGAAUAGAGAACCUUUGAACUUAUCCAGAGUAAAUAUUGUAGGCUUGAGGCAUUUAUUGUACAAGAAUAAAAAUCGUUCACAACAUUGGUGUCCUCCUUUCUCCAUACCUUAUACUACUAAUGAACUGCAAAAAAAUCUUGUAUCUACUUAUUGUUCCUUAAAUAGUCAAUUAAAUUUCCCUGGACGCACAUUAAAAGUAAUUUAUCAGCAAUUAUCUGCUGAGACUAUGCUUGCUUGGGCAACUGAUGAUAUUGAGUUAUACUUAUGUUUUGAACCACUUAUAUCAAAAAAAAAUGCUAUGGAAGCAAUAAAUAGUUUUAUUCAUUGGAUGAAAAAAGAAGAAGAUUCUUUAUUUAUCUUUAAUAUACCUACAUUAUAAUCAUUUAGGUAUAAAAUUAAUAAGCAUGUAUUGAAAUCAUUGUGUGAUAAUAAGUAAUAAUAAAAUUAUUUUGUGUAUAUUUUUAUUAACUAGUUGUUAACUUAUUUUUUCACCAUUACUUUUAGAAGGGUUAUAUAUUUUUGAGUAUUUAGUGAUGUAA